GCGCGGUGCGUGCAGGUGGGCGGCAAGGCGCGGCACGGGUCGGAGAGCGGGGGCGGCGCGGCCGCGGCGGAGGAGGGCGGCGCCGGGGGCUUCGCCAGCGCGCACGCGCAGUCGCAGGUGCCGGCGCCCGCGAGCUGCGCGCCGUGCCACCUGCCCUACAACGAGAACUCGGUGCCCUUCCGCGUGGUGUCCACGCGCUGCGGCGUCUGCAAGAGGAACAAGGUGCUGGAGUUCCUGUACACGACGAUCGAGCCGCCCGACGGCCUGCCGAUCGCGGGGCGCGGCGCGCUGCUGCAGGCGUACGUGUGCCGCCCCAAGCGCGACAUGGGCCGCGGCGAGCUCAACGCCAAGGAGAUCUCGGACGGGCUGCCCUUCCUCGAGUACGAGCUGCACCGCGUGCUCAACUGCAAGCUGCGCCUGCGCGGCAUGAACGCCAUCUUCGGCCUGCGGGUGACGGCGGGCAACGCCUACACGGACGAGGCAGCGCUGGCGGAGACGCAGCGCCAGAUCCAGGAGGCGGUGCGGCGCGCCAGGGACGCGUUCGGGCUUGCGUCCGCGCCGCGCGCCGCCGCCGCCGCAGCUGCAGCGGCCGCUGCGGCCGCAGCUGCCGUCGCCGCCUCCGACACCGACGAGUCGGAGGACGAUCUGCCCGACAUCGACCUGUCCGCGGGCAACAAGGACGUGUGCGUCUUUGAGAUCGACGACUCGGAGGACAUGGAGGUGGUGGCGCAGCUGCUGGAGCCGCCGCCGCCCGAGGGCUUCGUGGCGUGCACGACGGAGCUGCCGCCGGGGCUGGAGGAGGGCGAGCUGGCGCCGGGCCCGCAGAUGUUCACGCACGUGUGGCGCUCGCGCCUGCCCGUGUCGCAGGCGCAGGCGUCGCGCGCCUUGCACGCCAGCUGCACGCGCCUGCUGCAUGGCCUCUUCUUCAAGCUGCGCCGCGCCGCCCCGGCCGCGCUCACGCGCUUGCGCUUCCGCGUCGAGCUGCCCGAGGCCGACGAGAUCCAGAUCUCCGUGCUCGGAAUGGCUCUGGGAGUUACUGAAGCUGAGAAGCAACCUCAGCGUGGUCGGCGAAAACUGAUUGCCCAGUCAUGCAGUCGGGAACUUCUUUCCAAUCGUCGUGUUUCAGAAAUGAGGCUAGUGUCAUUAUCACGAGCUUGCUCGGAAGACGAGUCCGACCUCAUCUUCAGCCUGGAGGAGGACCAGGUGGCGGAGGCGGCCCCGUCGACGUCGUCGGCCCCGCCUCCGCCGCCGCCCCCGCAGCAGCCGCCGGCGCCGGCCGGCCAGUGCCUUAUCAACGUGGGAGGAGAUGUUGUGUACGGACACACACACACACAAAAGAAUAUUAAAAUUUACAUAGACAUGCAGUGCAAAAUUUCAUUUUGGUAUCAUAUUAAUGGUUACGAGAUAAUGUUGAGGUAUAUUUUUUCGCAAUAUUGUAAGAUUCUUUGUUUUGCGACAAUUGUUCAAAUUAUUAAAAACUUAAGUAAUCCUGAACAUAUUGAGGGCCUUGAUGAAUGUGAUAAGAAUGCACAA